AUGACCGAUCUAGAGAACGUCGAGCUUCACACGGACCUGCACGCCAACGACUUACCAGCACCGAUUGGAGUGCAAGGGAUUUCGCCUUAUGGGAGAUCAAAUAUAGGCGAAUCAGCAGAGUACCUCCUGCCUCCAAGACUUCGCCCUUCUGCGCGUGCGGAGUCUGAAAGGUCGGGGUCGCCAGACCGUUGGUCCGCCGCUCCCUCGAGUAUUAGUUCCCUCAGCCGCGACAGUCGCUUUGGCGAUCAAUACGAGUCAAGAGGUCCGUCACGGGCUGGCAGUGAUGAGUAUGAUGUCAACACACAAACCGUGUCAGAGAAAUUCAACAUUACCCCGUCGGAUGGACUGCUGCUGUUCCCAGAAGACGUCGAGAAAGACGAUUACUUGCACAACCCAGACCCAAUGGACAGAGAUGGCGACUGCGACCUAUGCAAUCGACGGGGCUUACUGAAUGUGGGAGGAUUGGCGCUUUUGACUACAUGGGUAGAAGGCAUGCUAAAGCCUGGUUCUACUUGCCCAGGUGGCGAAGGGCAGUGUUUGGAUGUUGGCCCAAGGCCGCUUCUCAAUAACAUCCGAAAGGGCCUGAUUGACCCGGAUACCCCGAAGGAUGCUUAUUUGAAGAAGAAUGCGAAUGGAGAAGAGUGGAAGCUAGUGUUCUCUGAUGAAUUCAAUACCCCUGGACGAACGUUCUACGACCAAGAUGAUCCUUUCUUUCAAGCGGUGGAUCUAUGGUAUGGUGUGACCAUGGACAAGGAGACCCAUGUUAACGCACCGCAGUGGUAUGAUCCGGACGCAGUGACAACCAACGGCGGAGUCUUGGAGAUUCGAUUCGACGACUUUAAGAACCACGGCCUUCAAUACCGAUCAGGCAUGCUUCAAAGCUGGAAUAAGCUUUGCUUCAAGGGUGGCCGCUUAGAGGCAAGCCUGUCCCUUCCCGGCGAUGGGCACAUCGAGGGUUUCUGGCCUGGUUUCUGGGCCAUGGGAAACCUUGGUCGGCCUGGCCAUGCCGCUACCACGGACGGCAUGUGGCCAUACAGCUAUCAUGAUGGCUGUGAUGCUGGCAUCACUCCUAACCAGAGUACCCCCGACGGAAUUAACUAUUUGCCGGGCAUGCGCUUGCCAGGCUGCACUUGCCCCGGAUCCGACCACCCUUCCCCGGGACAUGCUCGUAGUGCUCCGGAGAUCGAUGUGAUCGAAGGGAGCACCCAAGCCCUGUACGGUGACUCCGGGCCUUUCGUUGGCAGUGCCUCCCAGAGUUUACAAGCAGCACCUUUUGAUAUUUGGUAUAUGCCUGACUAUGGUAAGCUUCCGACCUUCUGCUGCUGCCCUGUCUCAAAACUCUUCUCAUUGACCUCCUUAGAUUUCACCGCCGUAUAUGAUCCUCGCAUCACCCAAAUCAACUCCUACCGUGGCGGUGUCUACCAACAAGCCAUGUCGGGCCUCACAAACCUCAACUCCCGCUGGUAUAACGGCACCGAGUACCAAGUCUACGCCUUUGAAUACGAGCCGGGCGAUAAAGGCCAAGUUACCUGGUUCGUCGGAGCCGACAAAACAUGGACCCUGGACGCCCGAGCCAUUGGCCCUAACGGCAACAUCGGCCAGCGGCUGAUCCCCGUCGAGCCCAUGUCGAUGGUCAUGAACUUGGGCAUGGCCGACAACUUCGCCCCCCAAAACAAGAGUAUCCGCGAGUACAUGCCCGCCUACCUUCGUUUCGAUUAUGUCCGUAUCUACCAAAGCCCCGACGAGGAGAGCAUCACCUGCGACCCGCCGGGCUACGAAACCACCGAAUACAUCGAGGCGCACAAAAACGCGUACGCCAACCACAACCUGACCACUUGGGAGGAUGCCGGGUAUCAUUGGCCGAAGAACAGCUACAUGCAUACAUGCUGA